AUGAUUUCGAUGGGGAGUGUCCCAAAACCCUUAGAGGAAGAAGAUAAUCAAAGCACAGUCGAACUCCACCACGACCACGCCGGUAUUCCCGUUCGCUACGCUUCUCUCGAGCGCGUCUACUCCGUUUCCUCUUCCGCCUCUUCACUGUGUUGUGUUAGCACCGCCGGUUCACACAAUGUGAUGUCCAAGAAAGUCAAUGCCCAGAAGCUCACGGUGGCCGAUGCUUUCGAAGGUUACGGUUGUCCGGAUGAUUUUGAGUUCCGGCCCCACCGACGACCGGAGAUUGUUCACGUCUACAGUCGCCGUAGGAGGCGGCGGCGGGAGCCUUUCCUUGAAGAGGAGGAGGAGGAGAAGCAGAAGCAGAAGAGACGGAGGAUUGGUAAUGGCGAGCUGAUGAAACUAGGCGUGGACUCGAGUACUUUCAGCGUCUCUACAACCCCGCGUUUAAGGGGGUGCAGAAUUAACGCUGCGUGUAGCGGAAAUAAGCGAAAUGGAUCUUCGCAGAGGAAGGGGAAGGUACUCCUCCCAGCUUCUCCUACAUCUAAGAAAUGGGUCAGGUUAAGUUAUGAUGGUGUCGAUCCUACAACUUUCAUUGGGCUGCAAUGCAAGGCAAGCGCUGAGCUAUAUUGUUAUGUUUUUUGGCCGCUGGAUGCUGAUUGGUAUCCUGGUUCUGUAAUUGGAUACAAUGAAGAGAAUAAGCAUCAUAUUAUUAAAUACGGAGAUGGAGAUGGCGAGGAGUUAGCUCUUCGCCGUGAAAUGAUCAAAUAUUUUGUUUCUCGUGAAGAGAUGGAGCUGUUAAAUCUGAAGUUUGGUACUAAUGAUGUGGCUGUGGGCGGUCAAGAUUAUGAUGAGAUGGUUGUAUUGGCUGCUUCUUUUGAGGGAUGCCAAGAUUUUGAGCCUAGAGACAUCAUAUGGGCGAAACUAACUGGUCAUGCUAUGUGGCCAGCAAUUGUUGUGGAUGAAUCUGUUAUUGCAAAGAGGAAGGGUCUAAAGAACAAGGCAUUGGGAGGAAAAUCAAUCCUAGUACAAUUUUUCGGCACUCAUGAUUUUGCUAGAAUACAAGUCAAACAAGCAGUCUCAUUUCUUCAAGGGCUUCUCUCACGGUCUCCUCUGAAGUGCAAGCAACCUCGGUACCUAAAAGAAUUCAAGCUUCCAGGAAGGAUGGAUCAACUUCAAAAAGUUGCUGAUACUGAUUGUUCGGAAAGGACUAAUAGUGGAGAAGAGGACAGCUCAAACUCUAGUGAUGAUUACACAAAACAUGGAGAAGUCUGGUUGCGACCAGUGGAACAUGGAGAUUCUUUGCUUACAAUUGGAGAUCUGCAGAUAAUAAAUCUUGGAAGAAUCGUGACAGACUCUGAGUUUUUCAAGGAUAGUCAUCAUACUUGGCCUGAAGGGUAUACAGCUAUGAGAAAGUUCACAUCACUCAAAGAUCCUGGCACAUCUGCCAUGUACAAGAUGGAAGUGCUUAGAGAUGCCGAGUCAAAGAUUCGCCCUGUUUUCAGAGUUACAACGAAUAGCGGUGAGCAGUUCAAAGGAGACACUCCAUCUGCCUGCUGGAAUAAAAUAUAUAAUAGGAUUAAAAAGAUCCAGAGUGCUUCUGAUAGUCCUGAUAUAUUGGGUGAAGGACUACAUCAAUCUGGUGCACAUAUGUUUGGCUUCUCCAACCCAGAAGUCGAUAAACUUGUACAGGGGCUAUUACAAUCCAGACCAAUUUCCAAGGUUUCUCAGCGCAAAAAUAGUUCGGGGAAGUAUCAAGAUCAACCUACUGGUUACCGACCUGUGCGGGUUGACUGGAAAGAUCUCGAUAAGUGCAAUGUCUGCCACAUGGAUGAGGAAUAUGAGAACAAUCUGUUCCUGCAAUGUGAUAAAUGUAGAAUGAUGGUCCAUACUAGAUGCUAUGGGCAGCUGGAACCCCGUGAUGGUGUUCUGUGGUUAUGCAACUUGUGUCGUCCUGGUGCUCUUGAUUUUCCUCCACGAUGUUGUCUUUGUCCUGUAGUUGGUGGCGCUAUGAAGCCGACAACUGAUGGGCGCUGGGCUCAUCUGGCUUGUGCCAUAUGGAUCCCAGAAACAUGCUUAUUGGAUAUCAAGAAAAUGGAACCCAUUGAUGGGGUUAAUAAAGUCAAUAAGGAUCGUUGGAAGUUAAUGUGCAGCAUCUGUGGGGUAUCUUAUGGAGCUUGUAUCCAAUGUUCAAACAGUUCUUGUCGAGUGGCAUAUCAUCCACUAUGCGCUCGAGCUGCUGGUCUCUGUGUUGAGCUUGCGGAUGAGGAUAGGCUUUUCCUUCUAUCAAUGGAUGAUGAUGAAGCAGAUCAGUGCAUCCGCCUGCUUUCAUUUUGCAAGAGGCAUCGGCAAACAUCAAAUGACCACCUAGAGACAGAGUACAUUAUCAAACCUGCUCAUAAUACUUCCAAGUAUCUUCCACCUCCUAACCCAUCUGGCUGUGCUCGUACUGAGCCUUAUAAUUAUCUUGGAAGAAGAGGACGAAAGGAACCCGAAGCUCUUGCUGGUGCUUCGUCAAAACGAUUAUUUGUUGAGAAUCGGCCGUAUAUUGUUGGUGGUUACUCUCGACAUGACUUUUCAACCUACGAACGCAUUUAUGGAUCAAAGGUGUCACAGAUAAUUACUCCAAGCAAUAUUCUAUCUAUGGCCGAGAAAUAUAGAUACAUGAAGGAAACAUACAGGAAGAGAUUAGCAUUCGGGAAAUCAGGAAUUCAUGGUUUUGGUAUCUUCGCAAAGCUUCCGCACAGGGCAGGAGAUAUGGUGAUUGAAUACACUGGCGAACUCGUUAGGCCUUCAAUAGCUGACAAGAGAGAACAUCUGAUAUACAACUCAAUGGUGGGUGCCGGGACCUACAUGUUUAGAAUUGAUAAUGAGCGGGUCAUCGAUGCUACAAGGAUAGGAAGCAUUGCCCAUCUGAUUAAUCACUCAUGUGAGCCAAAUUGCUAUUCAAGAGUUAUUAGUGUUAAUGAUGAUGACCAUAUUAUCAUAUUUGCAAAAAGGGAUGUCGCAAAAUGGGAAGAGCUGACCUAUGAUUAUAGGUUCUUUUCAAUUGAUGAGCGCCUUGCAUGUUACUGUGGUUUCCCAAGAUGCCGUGGUGUUGUUAAUGACACAGAAGCCGAAGAACGACAUGCAAAUAUUCAUGCUUCUCGCUCUCUUAUGAAAGCUACUUCUCAGGUUAGUAGAUGUCUUAUCCCCAUUGAAGAUGACGAGAUAUUUUAUGCGUCUUGA